GAAUGGGCGGAGGGCUCUUCCGUCCGCCAUGCUUGGCUUGGCUCUGUGGCCGAACGUGUGUGAGCAGCGCUGUGAGCGCGUGUGCAGCGCUGUGAGCGGGCGAACGGAAGCAGCAUCAUGGACUCAGUGACCUUUCAGGAUGUGCUUGUGAACUUCACUCAGGAAGAGUGGGCUUUGCUGGACAAUUCCCAGAAGAGUCUAUACAAAGAUGUGAUGCUGGAGACCUGCAGGAACCUCACUGCUAUAGGCUACCAAUGGGAAGACUACAAUAGUGAAGAACCUUGUCAAAGUUCUAGAAGAAAUGGAAGGUAAUUCUCAUGUGAAAGAUGGUACCAAGGUCCCUUUGAAGAAAUUUUAACGUCUCCUGGUAAUUUCAGGACAAUCAACAGAAAAAAAACAAGCACAGCUUUAAAUGUAUUGAUGAUUAUUAUAUUUUCACAAAGCUUUAUUCUUCAGUGUAAAGUAGCUGUUUGGUGUUUCUAAUACAUUUCACUAAGAAACAACACUAGGAUCCUGGUAUUAAAAUAUCACUUUUUUAGCUAUGAAGGAUUUAUCAUCCUUCAAUAGGCAUAUCAUAUAUCUCUCUAGAUACAAGCCAUGUGUGCAUACAGGAUAUGGAAAUAUGCAAUGUACCUCUUUUUCUCUAAGAACUGUUCAUAGUUAUAGGAGCCCCAACUAUGAAUAGACCUGGUGAAUGUGAUACAUGUUUACAGUUAAUUGGUUUUCAACCUUCAUUAGAAAUAUAUCAGGAAAGUAACACUGGAAAAAAGCCCUAUGAAUACAAGCAGUGUGGAAAGCCUCCAGUUUGUCCUGGUUCAUUUGGUACAGGCAGAGUGGCUCACACUAUAGGAUAAUGUUAUACGUGUGAUCAGUGUGGUAAAUCUCUGUGUUCUUCCAGUUCUCUUCAAAGGCAUGAAAAAAGUCAUAGUAGAAAGAAACUCCAUGAAUCUAAUCUAUGUGGUAAAGCCUUUGCAUAUCAGAGUCAACUUCAAAGGCAUAAAAGCAUUCAUCCUGGCGAGAAACCCUAUGAAUGUAAUCUAUGUGGUAAAGCCUUUGUGUGUAACAGUCACCUUCAAAGGCAUGGAAGAGUUCAUACUGGUGAGAAACCUUAUGAGUGUACUCAAUGUGGUAAAGCCUUUACAUGUCCCAGCAGUCUUGCAAAUCAUGAAAGCCGUCAUACUGGAGAGAAACCGUAUAAAUGCAAUCAGUGUGGUAAAGCUUUUGCAAGCCGUGCUGAUCUCCGAGGGCAUGAAAGAUUUCAUACUUUAGAAAAGCCCUAUAGAUGCAAUUAUUGUAGUAAAGCUUUUGCAUAUCCUAGUAAUCUUCGAUAUCAUGAAAGAAUUCAUACAGGAGAGAAACCAUAUGAUUGCAAUCAUUGUAGUAAAGCUUUUGCAUGUCGCAGUGAUCUCCUAAGGCACAAAAGAAUUCAUACUGGAGAGAAACCCUAUGAAUGUGAUCAGUGUGGUAAAGCCUUUGCAAAUCACAGUCAUCUUCAAAGACAUAAAAACAUUCAUACUGGAAAGAUACCCUAUGAAUGUAAUCAUUGUGGUAAAGCUUUUCCGUAUCGUAGUCAACUUCAAAUUCAUAAAAGAAGUCAUACAGGAAAAGAACCUUUCAAGUGUAAUCACUGUGGUAAAUCCUUUCUAUCUCCCAAUAUUCUUCAAAGGCAUACAAGAAUUCAUACUGGAGAGAAAAAAACCCUAUCAGUGUGAUCCUAUGUGGUGUACACUCUGUAUGUCACAAUAAUUUUCAAAUACCACGAAUUAUGUCAUACUGGAAAGUAACUCUGUAACUGUAAUUAGUGUGCUGAAAUUUUUUAUGUCACAGUAGCCUUGGAGAGCAUGGAAGAUGCCAUACUGGAGCGAAAGUGUAAAUGUGAACAAUGAAGUAAGGCUUUCACAAGUCACAGUCAUUUUCAAAGACCUGAAGGAACUCCUUCUGGAGUGCAACCAUAUGAACGUAAACGGUGUGCAUAGCAAACUCCAUUUCAGAUACUCAUACAGCAGAAGAACUUAAGGAUGUGUAUAGUUCCGUUUCUGUUGCUGAGAUUUAAAAAAUGCAUUUCUAAGUUAACUUACUGAAGACUUUGGGUUAUGGUUCCAUAAUCCAUCAUGACAGGGAGGCAUGGUAGCUGAAGCAGGAAGCUGAGAACUCACAUUCUCAACCUGAAGCAUGAAGCAAAGAGUGGGAACUGGAAAUGAUGCAAGGCAUUAAACUCUCAAAACUCACCGCCAGUGACAUAUUUCCUCCAGCAAAGUGACAUUUCCUAAAUUAUGCCACCAAUUAGGGACACAUUGCCACCGAUUAGGGACACAAUGUUCAAAAUACCCAAAAGUUUGGAGGAUGUUUCUCAUUCAGAUCAACAUAGAGAGGUAAUGCCUUUUUAAGUUACUGUCAUCUCUAAAUACAUAAAUGAAAUACUGCACAGAAACUCUGUGUGUAAAAAGUCUUUAGCCAGCAUGCCUGCUUUCAGUUAUGUGAAGAAAUCUAUGAUGGAGAAAACUUUGUAGGUGUGACUGUAGAUGCUGCAACAACUGGCUUAGAGGAAUGAACACAGCAGAAAAACAGUCAGAAGUGGAAAUGUUUAUUUAAAGAUGUGUUGAUUUUUAAUUGUGUGGUGUUGGUGUGUUUGCAUGUGAGUGUGCGCAAAGCAGCCAGAGGUAUUGUAUCUCCUAUUGCAAUAAAUAGUAGGAAGUUGCCAGCCAUCUGCCCUUGGUCCUGAGAAUUAACUUAACUACUGGGCCUUCUUGCUAGCUGUGGAAGUAAUAUUUUAAGCAAUAUUUAAGUAUAUUUACCUUUUGUCAGAAAACAGGAAAGAACUCAUACACUAGAAAAACCUUAUUCAUGUAAACAAUUUGGUAAAGACAUUAGGCAUCACACUUAUCUUCAGUGUUAAUAAAAAUGUUUGCUUCAUCAUUUCACCAUAGUUUUGAAAUAAAUAUAAUUUUCCAUGUUCACUGAAGUGCAUAUCACUCCAAUGUUGUUUGCGGUUUGAAACUUUGGGGGGUAGCCAUUGAUGUGUGCAGUAGAUGUGGUAAAUCUCUCUACUGAAGUUUAUUUGGAAGUUUUUAUUUUCCUUCUAUGAUUUCUGUUUCUCUCCUAUUGUGCUUUUACUUGGUAAUUAGUAUUUUUCUGCUGCAAUAUAUAGACUUGGAUGCCCAUCAUUCAAGUGGUUCACUUUUUAUGUAAAUACCAAGCAGUAUGUGAUCAUAUUAUUCAAGGAAUAGUAUCUUUGAACUUAGGAUGCAGAAUUGUACCUCCAAUAUUUCAUGUUGAAUCAAAUGGUCUUAAUAAUGUAAAUGUUCAAAUGAUUGAUAGCAGGAUACCAGGAUGACCUCGUGUAUCUGAAGCAGCAUUUCCACUUGUGGGAUGCUCCAUCACUCCUAUGUCUCAUAACACUCCUGGUGUUGUUUCUAUUCUAUCAGACAUUUCUGUGGUGUUUGUGUGUGAUCUGGUCAUGGGCAUGUAGGCUGCACCAAUCUAGAUAGGAGCCCGCAGGUGUCCUGCCAGAUAAAACUUAAGCAGCCAGGACAGUGUGACACUGAAACAGCCAGCCUGCCUACAAUAGAAAUGUUUAAGUAAAAGGAGCCCCUCGGUGCUUCUGAGAACUGUUUCUCUGUCUGUACUCUCUGUGGGUGUACUGCAGUGUACAACAUACUCUACCUACUUUUGUUUAUUGUUUUCUUUUUAAAACUAAUUUUUCUUAAGUGCAUAAACACAUCUCUGAGUGCAUGAGUAUGCAAGUAUGUUUUAUGGGAAAAUCUUUUAAAAAUAAAUUGAAAUUAAAAACAA